UUUAUCUUCUUUCUUUCUAUUUUUAACAACAAAACAGGAACAAAAUCGCCGCUUAAAAACCUCUUCUUUCUUUUACUUGAACGGUUCAACAAUUCAGAGACUAUUCACAAAAAUUUCCUCCCCUUUCUCAUUCUCACUAAAACAGGAAGUGAAAACCACCAUGAGCAAACUCGAUUUAAUUUGAACAUAGAGACAAAACCACAAUUAGAAAACAAACUUUUACUCCCUUUCAAUCUUCAAGAAAAACAGAGCAAAAUCAUUUUUUCUUUUUUUGAAAUAUAAUAGAGCAAAACCAUUAUCGUGAACUAACUUCCAUUCUUUCUCCUGUCCUUAAAUCUUCACAACAAAAUAGAGAUAAAACCACAAUUCAACAAACGUUUGCUCUCUUUCCUUCACCAACUCAACAGGAACAAUAAAACGAACUAACUUUCCUCCUUUCUUUAAACAGGAACCACCAAACCCAACGAAAAGCCAGUAAAAACCUCAGUUUUUCGGAUAGAGCCAAGGCGGCUUAGGCAACAAUGGCUAGAGACAACCUUCAAGUCCUCACCGCCCUCGAUGUUGCCAAGACCCAAUGGUACCACUUCACUGCCAUUGUCAUCGCCGGUAUGGGCUUUUUCACCGAUGCCUAUGACCUCUUCUGCAUAUCUCUAAUCACAAAAUUACUGGGUCGUAUCUAUUACUACGACAAGAACGGCUCUCGUCCAGGGUCCCUCCCCCCAAAUGUGUCUGCCGCUGUCAAUGGAGUGGCCUUCUGCGGGACCUUCUCAGGGCAGCUCUUCUUCGGGUGGCUUGGCGAUAAGCUGGGCCGAAAGCGUGUCUAUGGUAUUACCCUCAUGGUCAUGGUUGUGUGCUCCAUUGCCUCUGGCCUCUCCUUUGGCUCCUCCCCGAAGGGUGUGAUAGCAACACUCUGCUUCUUUCGAUUUUGGCUUGGCUUUGGAAUUGGGGGGGACUACCCGCUGUCAGCUACUAUUAUGUCAGAAUACGCAAACAAGAGGACACGAGGAGCCUUCAUCGCUGCAGUGUUUGCGAUGCAGGGGUUUGGGAUACUCGCUGGUGGGAUGGUGGCAAUCAUAGUGUCUGCGGCGUUCAAUGCCAAGUUUGAUGUACCUUCAUUUGCAGUGGCAGGGAAGGCAUCAACAGUGCCUGAGGCAGACUAUGUGUGGAGGAUUAUACUGAUGUUUGGGGCUUUGCCAGCAGCACUUACAUACUACUGGAGGAUGAAGAUGCCCGAGACUGCUCGUUACACUGCGCUUAUCGCAAAAGAUGCCAAACGGGCAGCAGCCGACAUGUCAAAGGUCCUCCAAGUUGAUAUUCAAGCAGAACCUGAAAGGUCGUGGCCCGAUGCUAAUGCCAACUCGUUUGGCCUCUUCAGCCGAGAAUUCGCUCGCCGCCAUGGCAUCCACCUCUUUGCCACCUGCUCCACGUGGUUCCUCCUCGACAUUGCAUUCUACAGUUCAAACCUCUUCCAGAAAGACCUAUUCACAGCCAUUGGAUGGAUCCCCCGUGCCAAAACAAUGAACGCUAUCCAAGAGGUCUAUGUCAUUGCUCGUGCCCAAACCCUGAUUGCUCUGUGCUCCACUGUUCCUGGCUACUGGUUCGCUGUCUUCUUCAUCGACAAAAUGGGACGUUUCACCAUCCAAUUCAUGGGAUUCGCGAUGAUGACCAUCUUCAUGUUUGCGCUUGCCAUACCUUAUAAUCACUGGACCCAUCCUGAUAACCGCAUUGGGUUUGUUAUGAUGUACGCUCUCACCUUCUUCUUUUCAAAUUUUGGGCCAAAUACCACCACAUUUGUUGUGCCCGCCGAGAUUUUUCCAGCAAGGCUUAGGUCAACUUGUCACGGGAUAUCUGCUGCUUCGGGUAAGGCUGGGGCCAUGGUUGGGGCAUUUGGGUUUUUGUAUGCAGCCCAAAAGAAGAACAAGGCUCUUGCUGAACUCGGUUAUCCGGCUGGUAUCGGGAUGAGGAAUACAUUGAUUAUACUCGGUUGUAUCAAUCUUUUGGGGACGUUUAUCAGUUUGUUAGUGCCUGAAUCGAAGGGUAAAUCACUAGAGGAGAUGUCAGGUGAGAAUGAAGUUGAUGAUGAGAAGCAACAGAGGCUGGAACUCUCUAAUCGGACAGUGCCGGUUUGAUGGCGAUGAUGAUGCAUCUUUUCUCUUGAACCACUUAAUUUGUUUCAUCUAGCUAUCUUUAACUGGAUGGUCCCUGUCUGAUGAUGCAUCUAAAACCGAUAUGAGGAGUUUGAUACCAAAUUCGGUGAUGUUGGUCGUAACUGUUUCUACAACAUAUCCAACCCCCAUAGUCAACACAUUUCUGAUGUGAAAGCGAUUCAGCUCACAACCGGCUGAUCUGCUGGGCAGAAUUGUAAUGGAGAUGAAUUUUGGCCCCUUGGAUUCCUCUAUCUUCAUACUAAAUUUCGAGUCCUUUGGACUGUCCAUCAGAGAGUAGAAUGAGUGAAACACGCGCAGACUGGCAUACUUUCUUAUCAACAUGAACCUUUUUUGAGGAUGGUUUGAAUUUAAAUUUGUUUUGGCUCUAUCUUAUGUAAAUAUCAUAUAAAAGAGGCUAUCACCACUUAUGGGUCGUUUGGGUCCUGCUAAAAGCUGAAUUUGAAAGAACAAUGAUGUUUGGUUGCUGCUGGUGGUUGCUGCUGGAAGAACCAGUAUAUCAAAAAUAAUGAAAAUCAGGU